AAGCCAGAUUUAAAGAAAAAAAAAAAAAAGUUUUGUUUACUCCAAAAAUAUUUAACAAAAUGAGUGAGAAAAAUGGCAAAUUAUCAAAGGAUAAUAGAUUAUUCUUGAUUAAAAUGCGAAACUCUCGCAGUCAUUGCGGCAAAACCCUUAUUAAACCUAUUAUUAUUGGUUACAUGAGUGUUGAUGGUGACCGCCAGUAUCAUUCUGAUUUAUCGCAGCUCAAAUUCUUAAACUCUAUUAAUAAUGGAUCGACAUCUCUGGACUUAAACCAUAAUAUAGCAGCAGCUGUAAAAAGGAAUACCGAAGAUAACGAAGAAAAGAUUGAUCUACUCCUAAGAUUUCUUAAAGACAAACAUCAGUAUAUAUUUCCUUCAUUUGAGGCGGACUUCAUUACCUAUAGAAGAACGUUAAUUAGUGUUAUGUGUGCCGCUUUUGAUGCAAAACCUACAAUUAUCAGAGCAUGCUUGUUUAAAGGUUCAAUAUACUUAUGUUCUAUUGAGAAUGCACAGGAAAUAUCCAGAAGAAAAACUCGUAGUAAGGAAGAAAUGAAAUUUUGUGCCUGGGGAUACAAAUUCGAACAAUAUAUGUCAUCAGAUCAACCUAACUUAGAACCUGAUAUAAACGAACCCGUAAUCGAAAAUGCAGAAUUUUCAAUGUUUUAUUAUUCUAAGUUGGGUGAUUAUAGAUUGGUAUAUGGAGCACAAAUUGAUUCUUUACUUACUGAAAAAUCCACUUUACCAACACCAAAGGCAAAAGAUUUUGAAACUAAUUUGAACUAUCUACGAAGUAACAGCUUUGCAGAGUUAAAAACAAAUAGAGAAAUACAAAACAUGAAGCAAGAAAGAAAUUUUAAAAAACACAAAUUACUACUAUGUUGGUGUCAAUGUUACUUAGCUAAUCUAAAAGGAUUGUAUGUGGGAUUUAGAAAUGAUCAAGGUGUUGUUGAACGGCUGCAGUGGUUUGAUACUCAAGAUAUUGUCUCCUAUUGUAAGUAUGAAUGGCAUCCACAAAUUGCAUUGGAUUAUUUAAACCAAUUCUUAGCCUUCGUCAAACACAGCUUUGAACAAUAUCAAAAUCAAGCUGGUCCCGUCACACUACAGUUUCAAUUUAAUAUUGAUAAAUCCAUUUCAGUAACUGAAAACUGUGAGGAUGAUAUUUUGCCUGCUUGGUACACUGGAGCUUAGUGUCAAAUGGCGAAUUUCGAAUAAGUACAAAUCAAUUACGGUCACUAGAUUAUUAUUUAAGUAUAAAAAUAAAAUACAUAUGUAAGAAUUUAUCUAAAAUAAAAUAACUUUUUAGAGGUA